GCCCGGGCGCCUGGGCAGGCGCCUCCCGAGUACCGGCGCCCAUUUUGCCCGCCCGCUAAGGAGACCCGUGCGCGGCCUACACGCUUGGGGGACAGCCCUUUAAGACGACAUCUCCGCGAACGCCGGCCUCUUGAGCCAGGGGGACGCUCUUUUGAAAGUCAGUCCCAAAACAGUUAAGGUUUUAUUUUAUUUUGUUUUAUUUCCAAGUCACAGCCCCCGAAUCUCGUACAACUCUCCCUGGACCACUUCCGGUUGCCGGCCCGCGCCUCAUAACUUCGGUUCGAGUGACCUCGGCCCGGGAUGCCCCUCGGCUCACCCCGGGCUCACGUCGCGAUCCUGGCUUGAGUGGCCCAGGGUGGGAGACCUGGAAGUUUUAGCCUAGCUGUUCUCAAGGCGGAUUAAUUAGCCCAAGAAACAUUAUAUUCAUGCUUAGGUGGAGAAAAGCAGGGCUAGAAUUGGAACCCAAAGCCCAGAAUGGCAGGAGAGGAUGUGGGGGCUCCACCCGAUCACCUCUGGGUUCACCAAGAGGGUAUCUACCGCGACGAAUACCAGCGCACGUGGGUGGCCGUCGUGGAAGAGGAGACGAGUUUCCUAAGGGCACGAGUCCAGCAAAUUCAGGUUCCCUUAGGUGACGCAGCUAGGCCAAGUCACCUUCUUACCUCCCAGCUACCUCUCAUGUGGCAACUCUACCCGGAGGAGCGCUACAUGGAUAACAACUCUCGCUUGUGGCAGAUACAGCAUCAUUUAAUGGUCAGGGGAGUACAGGAGCUGUUGCUUAAGCUUUUGCCUGAUGACUAACCUGGUGCUGGGAUUCUACGAAGAUAUGCUCCUUUGUUCUGUUCAGUAUUUGGCAAUCACUUCAUCCACUACUGCAGUGCACCCACCCUUGGGCCUGGGGGGAGGGAGUGGGUUGAAAAACUGCUCAAGAAACAGAAGUUUAGCAAGGGUCAUGAAGAAUACUGCAAGUGAAACUGCAGAGAGAGGUUACGUAGGCAGAAAGCAAGUCAACAAAAGCACUUAGUCAGGAUCCGUAACUUGAAAUUGACUCCUUUGGAAAUUGCCAUAGAACCCUUAAUGGACAUCAUCGGCUGGACCUGGGAUCUGAUGAAUCCCACAAAAGUCAGCACCUUCUACAGAACAGAUGCCCUGAUCACCAAGGACUUGGUACUGAUUUAGAGAGAAGAGAGCAGCUCCUAGCAGCAUCAACAUCUAUUUGUCGCUUAUUUGCCCUGCAGCAAUUCACCUGCCUUUCCUUCUCCCAUCCUUUUUCUGGAUAUGCCGCAGAAGGAUCCGUGCCAGAAGCAAGCCUGUGAGAUACAGAAAUGUUUACAAGCCAACAGCUACAUGGAAUCAAAGUGUCAGGCUGUCAUCCAAGAACUGCGUAAGUGUUGUGCUCAGUAUCCCAAGGGAAGAUCUGUCGUCUGUUCAGGAUUUGAAAAAGAAGAGGAAGAAAAGCUAACACUGAAGUCUGCAUCAAAGUAAAGUUCUUCUGAAGCUGCUCCAUGUUUCCACCAAAUGAAUUUUUUUUAUCCUCCUGACUUUCUUCAGGCCAGGUAGCAGCAAAUAGCAAAUGAAAAAGUCAGCUAGAAAAGUUAAUGAAUAUGCCAUCUAUGCAGAACAGGCAGAAAUAUAAACACAUUAAAAGACAAAUAUGUAGAAUGUAAUAUACUGAGCUGCUAAAAUAAACCUGUUUAAGAGAAAAA